AUGAAGCUGUACACCAACCCCCUGUCGCGAGGGCAGAUCGUGAGCUGGUACCUCCUUGAGCUGGGUGUGCAGGCGGAGGAGGUGAUCCUGGACUUCAAGGCAGGGGAGCAGAAGGCGCCUGGGUAUACCGACAAGUUCCCGUUUGGACAGGUGCCGGCCCUGGAGGAUGGGGACCUGCGCCUGUUUGAGAGCGGCGCCAUCCUGCUGUACCUGGCGGAGCGCUUCCCCGAGGCCUCGGGCGUGACCACCACGGAGCAGCGCGCUCUGGCGGCGCAGUGGGUGCUGUUCGCCAACGCAACGCUCUCGCCCGCAGUCUUCCUCGAAUCGCAGAGGGAAACGCAAAUGCCCAAGGUGCUUGGCCCUCUGGACAAGGUGCUGGCCGGGAGGGACUACCUGGAGGGCGGCAAGUUUGGCGUGGCGGACGUGGCCGUCAGCACCUGCCUGGGCUACAUCCAAAUGUUCCUGCCCCACAUGGACCUGUCAACAUGGCCGAACGUGGUCGCGUACAUCGACAGGAUCUCCGAGCGCCCGUCGUACAAGGCUACAUUCGGCUCGCCCGAGGUGAUGAACAUGGCCAAGGAGAUGACUGAGAAGAAGGCGGCGGCCAAGGAGUGA